CACGUGGUCACCGCCACCAAACCUCAUUUGAAGCCGAAUGGACGCGUUUUUUGCGCGCAACACCGCGUCGACCGGCCCGUCGUUCUGCCCGCAUUGCGGGUCUAUCUUGGACUUGCCCGAGACCAACUCCAUUGUGUGCUCAUCCUGUGGCUUCACGUGCCGGUACACAGAUUUGCCGUCGCUCACCACCGUCACGUACAGCCAAGACCGACGUGAACCCAAGUGGGUGAAAGAAGAUAUCCAGUCUCAAGAAGUCACGGGGCCGUCUCGUGCCACGGUCGAAGAAACAUGUCCAAAGUGUGGACAUCCGGAAAUGGAAUUUUACACGCUGCAGCUGCGAUCGGCAGACGAAGGACAAACAGUCUUUUACGAGUGUAAGAAGUGUGGCCACAGGUACUCGGUCAACACCUAAGGCUACCCUCCAGUGGGGGGAAAUAAUGUCAAUCGUCAACCUCUCAAAAUGCAAAGCCAUCAAAAUUCGUCC